UGGGGACUUACAUUCAUGCAUCAUCUGCAUAUAAUGGGAAUAAUGGCAAGAGCAUUGACACAGAAAUAAAAAGGUUAGAGGGGAAGAUAAAAAUAAAUGAAUAAAAUGUUUAUCUUCUUAAUGUUUAUAUCAUUUGCACAUUAGCAUUACCAUAAAAUAUGCUUUUAUUGACAUGUCAGGCAAAUUUCAAAGUUUUAUGGGUUUGUUGAAAUCCUUCACUCUAAGUAUGUGCAAUUGUAAUAGUGAUGCUCACCACCAGAGCACUUUACAAAGCUCUUGUCAAGCUAAUUCAGUUGUGCAUAAUAUAAUAUAGUAUAGGGAAAGUGUGUGUCCACAUUUGUGUGACAGACAGACAGGUUUACAUGAGUGACCAAACCAUCCAUCAGAGUUUCCUAUGUGUCACUCUUGCCAAAGAGGAUAUGAAUUGCGUCAAGUGCUGAUGAAAGAGAAAAUGUGAGUGAAUAUACUUCACCGGGAAGUGAGAGGGUGUUGUGGCUCUUCAUGAAAGUGAAGUGGGGGUAGAUAUAAAUGUGUUAAAGGAGAACCAGCCAGCAUCAACCCCCACACUCAUUAUAAGAGCUCCUCAUUGUUUUAAACAAGUGUGCCAAAGAAUGUGUAUUUAAGCCUGCACAAAUGUGUGUUUGUAUAGGAGGUGAGGGAUGUUAUUGUGGGUGCAGGUUAAGAAAUUCAUACGUUUUCUGUGUUUUGAAGAGUGUGGAACAAUAAACAUGAAUUCAUUCACAUUCUGUUACCAUUUUACUAAGUGCUCACUCAUUUUUAGGAGUGAUUAAAGAAUUGUAUUCAUUUGUUGAAAAUAGUCGAUCAGUUAUUAUAAUGAAUUGUAAACACACUUAUGUCUCCAUAUGUUCAUUUAUAUGGACUGCAAUGUUUUUUCAGUGUUCAGGAGUGUGUGCGUGAGUGGAGGGGUGUGGGUGUAGCAGACCUAUUGACUCCUGAAUGGAUGAAAUAAAGACCGGCACAUGGGAAUGAGCUCUUGGCUCUUGGCGGGGACGGAGCAUUGAGAUGCACUGGUGUGGGAUUAAUCCUCCAUUCAGCCUCUCCUCCACUCCUCCAUUUUUGGCACAAAGGGCCCCACCCUGUGUACGGAGGGUUUCUGUGACGACCCCUAACCUGGCAUUUUGCACUGCUAUUCCCGAACACUUUAUGAGUGCACACAGUUACUUUGUUCAAUAUUUAUUUCUCCUCAUAUCCCCUCAUUUCCAAAACGUUUGGCGAUAUUACAUAGGGUAGUAGUGAUCAUUGAAGUGGCCUUUGUUUAUUAAGCUGGAAGAGGAAAUGGAUGCAUACAAUCAAAAUUCUUCACAUUUCUACGGCACAUUUCCUGGCGUUUCAAUUGAAAGUGAUUUACAGAGACUAGGGAACUGCUCUCAUAAUAACCACAAGUACAGUAAAGUCUCCAUCAUUGCACUGGGACAUUAGGAAGCACAGGUCGAGCGCCCCUGCUGGCCUCAUUAAUAACUCAUCUACCCAAUAGUAUGUUAUCUACCUUUAAUAAUCUGUAAAGGUGACGUCCUGUAUGUGUCACAUGAUCUGACCAAUCGACAGCGGUGAAGGCUUCUGUAUUAUUUAUUAAUAUUUUGAAUUUGCUUUUAUAUUUGUUUUCAUUAUAAAUGUUUAGCUUUCAUUUAUAAGCUUUUUAUUUAUUAGCGGUCACGCCCCAAAUAUUACAAUCAAGGUUUCGAUCCUGAGACUGCACAUUUAAUUUCAAAAUCAGCCUCUCCACUCAAACUGAAUCUUUUAUGACCGUGGGUGUUGAGGUUUCAACAUCUGAUUGUCAGUAUGAACAUUUGUUGACUCGGACUUGAAGCUUUCACCACUUCCAGGAAGUGCUACACUGAGGAACUGCUCGAGACGCUUCAUACGAGAAACUUCAUUCAGCCGAUGCGUAAAGUAUGUCAUUUUUGACAUAAAGGGCCGUCGAGUGACUUUUUUCCACCUCGACUCCCGCUUCUACAGUCAGGAUUUCUAUCAAGUGAACUGACAUGAAUCAAUGAAUCGAGUGAGAUCAGAAGUGAAACAUUUAAAUGGACGUGCCAUAGUUUGAAGAGGAUGAGUAUGAAUUAUUCCCAUGUAACGUUAGCAUUGUGAUGGCUUCCUCAACCGAGAGACCCCACAAUUCAAUAGGAGCAGAGGAGAAGCGAACUGUGAAGGCCCGGCUCCUGUCUUCACAGAUGCUUCUAGUGGAUGCCCUCUAUCACCUGGGCCCUCUGCUAGACAGUGUUAUAUCUGCAGGGCUGCUCUCUAGAGAAAACCGGUAUGAAAUUGAUGCUGAGCGAACGCCGCCCAACAAAGUCCGAAAGCUUCUGGAGAUUGUUGACGCACAGAUGGACGAAAGUGGUGCCUCUAGUUUCAUGGAGUGUCUGAGGAAAUGCAAGAAACAUUACCCGCGUCUACGAACCUGGUUGACCUCAGAAGAAGAUCACUCCCAACCCCCAGAUAUUAAGCAAGGUCCAACAGAACGUCAGCUACAGGCCCAGUUUAAUGUUCUGUGCUCACGCUUGGGCUGUUCGGUUCUGCCGGUCUCCUACGAUCUCUUCUCCAGAGGCGUCCUGACUCAGCUGGAACUGGAGAAAAUCCAAGCAAUACUCGUCCCAACGCAGCAAGCACAAACUCUGCUGUCCAUCUGCCUGAAGAAAGGAGAAAAAGCAUGCACAAGCUUUUACACAGCGCUACAGAAUGAGGACGAGCAACUUGCUGAGGAACUUAAUAUAAAAAGUUUGGCUGAAGACCUUAACAAAGAUCCUGAAGGCAGAAUCAUUCCGAUAGCAGUGGAGGAAACUAGAGGUCACUUGAGAGGAGCUUUACACCUGUCAGGAGGCCUGCAGCAGGUCAUGACUCAGCUGGGCUUGACUGUGGGGGAUGAGAUUAGGUUUAAUGUCUGUGAGGUUGGUGUGGCGGUGGGUUUGCCACGCCGGACGGUCAGAGAGUACCUUCUGGAAGGGGUUGGGAUUGAAGACUCAGCCCAGCUGGAGGCCCUAGUGUCCCUGUAUAUAGAGAAGACACAGGACGCUGACAGACUCCUGAGCAGAGUGACACAACUCAGCCCUCGGUGGGUCCAGGUCUCAGAGAGGGGAUGUCUGCUGUUGAGGUUGCUGCAAAAAGCCGAGACUGUUCUCCGUAGUGGUAUCCACAGUCACCGGCACAGUUGGGACCACCUGCACGAUGAGGACCACUUACGCAGCUGGGACCACUCGUGUCCUGAUGACUGCACGGAUCAGCGCACUGUGUGGGCCAUCUUCAGCUUUCUGGUGUGGGACUGCAUGGCAGAGGUUCUGGAGGAGCCGGAGGCGAAGCCUAGCGGAGGCAUACUAGGUAUGAUCGAGCAGCUGAGCACCAGCGGCAGAGUGGAGGCCGCACUGCUGCAGGAAAUGGAGCAGUGCUGGACCGACGGGGACGCUGAGAGUCUGCUGCAGAGUGUGAGGGUCCUCGCUCAGGUGCUACGGGACCUGCAUCCCCUCCAGGAAGGCCUCCAGCUGUCCUCUUCAGUUGAGGGGUUGUUUUCCUGCAGGCCCAGCAGGGUACACCGGGUCACUUCCUUCCAGGGGGUUUCUGUGCGGGUCAUCCGUAAAGCUCUGAGCAGCAUGGUUCCAUCCUCUGCGGACCAGGACACAACUCUUCUUUCUAGACAGUACUUGGAGGUGUGCGUUCGAAUCGCACGUCUCCUAGAUGUAGUGCAGCCCAAACGAACCACUGUUGACUUUUCAAAUGCGCCCAUUGCUACGGUCAUUCAGCAUGUGCGGUUUGUUUUGUCAAAUCCUGCUUUUAACUCUGAAGCUUUUGACGCGGGAGUUCGCCAUCGCUUACUUUCAGUGUUGGAGUUCAAUCCUGCGCAGCUGGGCUUGGGCUCUCUCAUGCAGCUCCACCAGGAGACCCUCUCCGAAUUCCAGAGCUACUUACAACUCGGCGAGCACCACAACUUCCAGUUUAUUCUCGAAUCAGUACGAAUACUUGGUCCCGCGAAGUUGUUUUCUCUCAGCAGGGUUCAUGGGCCUGUCGCAAUCGACAAUGGAGUGGAGGAGGUCCUUCGUUUUAUCACGUCAGAACCCACUUCAUUCCUGGUACGACUGCACUGCCUUUGCUACGAAGAAGGAAGGGGGCACUUUAAGGUGUGUGCACCACGUUGUGCAUGUAUGUAUCUGCUCAAGGCAGAAGGGCUGCGUGACAUGCAGUGGUGCGGUGGCAACGUUCUGGCUGAGGUAGGCGGGAAAGUGUGGGUCAGAGAGGGAGAAAGUAAUGGCUGGGAUGAGCUCCAGGCGCUGGCUCAGAGACACUCUGCUCAGCUCAAGGAUGAAGGAUGCUGCUUUAAGGUCGAGACCUCUGGAUUGGAGUGCGAGGUCAAAUUUAUAUACAGGAGUGGCAGGCUAUGGGCAGUGCCACAUAGGGACUGUGAGGUAGUUUGAAAAUACGGGUAGCUGACAUGGUGUUGCAGUGACAAACAGUGUCACAUGUUGUACUUCAUUUUAAAGUAUUUGAAAGUUUUUUUUUUUCAAAUUUUAUACACUUAUAGAAUAAUUUUAUAAAUAGAAAUGAAUUUGUAGCUAUAUAAGUGCAAAAUCAUAAAAAAAGAAAUAAAACUGAACAUCCCGGCACAUGACAUGUAGGGAAAAAAUAUAUACAUAAUGGGCACAAAUGAAUUUUUUUUUAUGUUAAUCUUGAGUACCUAUGGAGUGGUAUUGCAUCCUUCAUAUCUCAGAAGAGUCUAGUUUUAUCAGACAGAUAGAUACAGCUUUAUGAUUCUCUCCAAAAACAGUCAGGCUCCUGGAGAAAUGCUGUGGGCGGAGCUAAAGAGUAAUGAGCACGCAAAGCUUUUGUGUAGCAAUCAUAUGCAAACAGUGACAUUAAACAUGAACAAAAACUGUGACUUAAAAUGUUAUGUUUAUAGAACAUUUGUCAACAAAAUACAGAGAACAAAGACAACCAGUGCCCAUAAAAGGAAUUCUGCCCUUUAUGACAUCAUACAGGGCCAUAC